ACAUCGCUUCCGGGUGCCUCAGACGUGGUCUACGUGUUCGGUUUUGGGACGGGCGCUUGGUACCUGGAGCAAGGAAUCAACGUUGUAGGAGCUCCAGAGGGCCUUUGCUGCGUUUACAGCAACAUGUUGCCCACCACCAGCUACUCCCCGCUGAGCACGGGUAACGGCAGCCUGAGCUUGCGGGACGCGGCGCGCCACACGGCGGGCGCCAAGCGUUACAAGUACCUGCGGCGGCUCCUACACGUGCGACAGAUGGACUUUGAGUUUGCCGCCUGGCAGAUGCUCUACCUGUUCACCUCGCCGCAGAGGGUCUACCGCAACUUCCAUUACAGGAAGCAGACCAAGGACCAGUGGGCCCGAGAUGACCCCGCCUUCCUGGUGCUUCUCAGCAUAUGGCUUUGCGUGUCCACAGUGGGAUUCGGUGUGGUUUUGGAAAUGGGUCUGGUAGAGAUGAUGAAGUUGCUGCUCUGGGUGGUCUUCAUCGACUGUAUCGGCGUGGGUCUGCUCAUCUCCACCCUCAUGUGGGUCGUCACAAAUAAAUACCUGAUGAAGCAGCAAAGUAAAGACCACGACGUGGAGUGGGGCUAUGCCUUCGAUGUGCACCUGAAUGCCUUCUACCCCCUGCUGGUCAUCCUGCAUUUCCUCCAGCUGUUUUUCAUCAACCACAUUGUGGUUAUAAACUCUGAUUGGUUCCUGGGCUACUUUGUGGGGAACACUCUCUGGCUGGUUGCCAUUGGUUACUACAUUUACAUCACGUUCCUGGGCUACAGCGCAUUGCCCUUCCUGAAGAACACUGUGGUGCUGUUGUACCCCUUUGCCUUGCUGGGCCUACUUUAUGUCCUUUCCCUCUGCCUGGGCUGGAACUUCACCAAGGGCCUCUGCUGGUUCUAUAAGUUCCGGGUUCAAUAACUGUGACAUAGUGGGACUUGUGUAUAUAUGAUCUCUGGGACUGUCAUGGACUGGGCCGGCCUGGGCUCAUCCCAGGACCCUCCUUUUGGUUUUUUUCCCUUUUUUUUUGGAGACUUGUACGAAGGGUUUAAUUUUUGUAAAGCUUGUAAAUAACAUUCUCUGUAGAUAAAGUUAUGUAUUGUUUGUGUAAAAAAAAAAUAACUUUUCAUUUCUUUCAGUUUAUUGAAGGGUGUGAGACAAUGAAAAUGAAUCUGUGCAUUUUAGGAGGGUGUUCUGUAUGUACAUUCCCAAUUCCCUUCCCAGAGCACCUUAAAUAAAAAGGUUUUUAAUUGAGGAAA